AUGGCGACGUUUUGCAACUCGCCAUCGAAGAUAAUCGCAAAAAACUACGGAGAAGCCACUAAAUUUAAUUUCCUUAUCUUAAAACUCGAAGGAGAAGCCAAAGCCUCCCUUCUUGGCCUUACCUCCUCCAAUGACAAUUACCUCAAAGCGAAAGAUCUCCUUCGCGAACGUUAUAGUCAACCCAAAAAAGUCGUAACCGCUCAUUAUAAAGCACUAAUCAAUCUCCCUACCGCAAAUUCGACUCGCUCAAGCCUACGUUCAUUUGCAGACCAACUUGAAUCUCAUAUUCGAGGCCUCGAAGCUCUUGGCCCAGCACCCACUUCUUACGGAGAUCUCUUAGUCUGUCUUCUGGUCGAUAAAGUUGCAAUCAACGUUCGCAGAAAUCUCACACGCCACCAAGGAAACGCAGAAUGGACUCUCGACGAACUACGAACAGCUAUCAAACGUGAAAUAGAAAUCAUGGGUGAUUCCUGUGACUUGCCGUCACCAACUCGUUCGGAAACGAAGCAAGUUCUGUUCGGAACAUCUCAACAAAAUCAGCCGAAUAAGAGAAAGCUGUGUCCAUUUUGCUCUGGUGAACAUACACCAACACGAUGCACCGAAAUAAAGGGACCGGAGGAACGAGCAAAACUCGUCAAGAUAAAGAAACUCUGUCUCAACUGUCUCAAUUACGGACACACCAAUCCCAAAAACUGUCCGUCUCGUUUCCGCUGUUUUCACUGCCUGCGGUUCCACACCACACAAGUCUCCACUCCGACAAGGGUGCUGGUACCUCCGCUCAUACGGGAUGACUAA